AUGUUUUUACAAGCAGCAAUUCCUCACAAAUCUUCUAAUAAUUCUCAAUUUAAAUCUUCUUCUAAUUCAUCACAGAAGAAGAAAACGGAUCUUACAAUUCAAACAAUAGGCCCUUUACCUGGAAGACCAUCUUUAUCUGAGCGUUCUCCGUUAACUAGACCUUCAAAAGAGCUGGAGCGUAUCGCAUCGAUCGCAUCUCAAAAUGCUUUGGCUCCAAUGUCCACAGCAACACGAGAAGGAGAGAAGCACAAGAACCAUUAUCAUCUGUCUUUUAGAUCCGGGAAGAAUGGCCAUGGAGGAACUGUUUUGUCGUCAAGUUCAUCCAACUCGAAAUUAAUUUCUGAGCAGGGAAGUAUUUAUUCUUUUCACCCAUCAAGCCCAGGUGGUAUAAAUAAAAGUCUCUCUGCGUUGGAGUUAAGGAAUUUGGCUCCUAAAGAUGAACGUGACUAUAUUGCAGAUGAAUCAUGGUCACUUUUAAAAUCUAAAGUACUUCAGUUAUAUCAAGGAGAAGGCUUGCGUGUUCCAGUAGAAGAUUUAAAUGAUCUUGUAUCGAUGCACGUAAACUCGAGAAUUCAACAAGGAAAAAGGGCUACAGAAAUUUUAAAUGAAUUUAAAGAUUUGACUAAAAUGGGAAUGCAAAAACUUGACUAUUCUUUACAAAAAGUAACUACAAAGUUAUUGUAUCGAUUAGUUGAACUUUGGCUGUUUUUCUUUUCGCAGGUAUUGCCAUACUGGGAGGCAAUAUUUUUGCCUCUACAGUUAGAAUUUGAAGGUUCAGGCAAUAUACUGUCUCAUCAAGUGGCAAAGGAAUAUUGGAGCACGAUACCAGAAAGCCCUGAAAAUAUGAGUAAAGACAAGCCCUGGGAUGACGGAAGUGUGGAUAAAUGGAAAAUAGAUUCGUUUGGACCGGAAGAUAAUAAAGGUGGCACCUUUGCUGAAGAAAGUAGUUUUGUCACAUUAUUUCCCAAAUAUCGUGAAAAUUAUAUUCAGACUAUUUGGCCAGAAGUAUCCAAAGAAUUAGAAAAGAUUGGUAUUUUGGGUGAGCUAGACUUACUCGAAGGAUCCAUGACUGUUAAAACUACUAGAAAAACUUACGAUCCAUCAGCUAUUUUAAGUGCAAGAGAUCUUAUUAAAUUAUUAGCAAGAAGUGUGCCUUUUGAGCAAGCCAAAAAAAUUUUAGAAGACGAUAUUGCUUGUGACGUCAUUAAAAUUAGUGGUUUUGUUUCUAAUAAAGAUCGAUUUGCAAAAAGAAGACAGAGGCUUUUGGGCCCUGAUGGAAGUACACUCAAAGCAUUAGAACUUUUGACACAAUGUUAUAUUUUAGUUCAAGGUAAUACUGUCGCAGCAAUGGGACCAUUUAAAGGGUUAAAGGAGGUUCGAAGAAUUGUGGAAGACUGCAUGAAAAAUGUUCAUCCCAUAUACCAUAUUAAAGAGUUGAUGAUUAAACGAAAGCUUGCUCAAAAACCAGAGCUGGCGAAUGAAGAUUGGAGUCGUUUUCUUCCCCAGUUUAAAAAACGUAACGUUGCAAGAAAGAAACCCAAAAACGUUAAAGAAAAGAAACCUUAUACACCAUUUCCUCCCGCUCCACAACUUAGAAAGGUGGAUCUCGAAAUUGAGUCUGGUGAAUAUUUUAUGAGUCAGGCCGAAAAACAGAAACGGAAAAUGUCGGAAAAGAAAGAGAAAAGCUUGCUGGCUAAGAAAGAAAAGGAUAAUGAAAAAGCCAAAGAUUUUAUUCCACCUGAUGAACCGGAAUAUGUUUCUAGUCAAUCCAAAAAAAAAUUCUAA